AGAUGAAGAUGAAGUCUGUGGGUGUCGUGGAUGGAGGUUUAUUCACAGAGAGCUAUUGCAACAUCUGCAAUGCUCAGCUCAUCUCCGAGUCCCAGCGCACUGCUCACUAUGAGAGUAAAAAACAUGCAAACAAGGUACGUCUGUUCUACAUGCUACACCCUGAAGAUGGAGGACCACCUUCCAAAAGACUGAGGCCAGAUAAUCCUGACUGCGCAGAAACAGAAGUAGACAGAAACAAGUGCUGUACCUUGUGUAACAUGUUCUUCACCUCCGCCAUUGUGGCCCAGUCCCACUACCAGGGCAAAACCCAUGCCAAGCGAGUGCGUCUAGUGCUUGGGGAACCACCAAACCUGUCUACAGCCAUAACAAGCCCUACAAACACAGAUUCCUCACCAACCACACCGCAGACCACAGACCCCAACACUUCCCCUGCCUUACCAUGGCCCACGCCGGAGCUCAGUGGAAACGGUGGCAGAGAAGCUGGGAAGUACUGCUGCUUGUGCGGAGCGUGGUUCAACAACCCCCUCAUGGCACAGCAGCACUAUGAGGGGAAGAAACACCGCAGAAAUGCAGCCAGAGCACGUCUCCUGGAGCAACUAGCAGGCAGUCUUGAUGCCACAGAGAGCACAGGGCUGCGCAGUAGUUACUCUUGCAGUGUCUGCAGUGUGGUUCUUAACUCUAUCGAACAGUACCAUGCACACCUCCAGGGCUCCAAGCACCAGAACAACCUAAAGCAACACCAGCAGUAAGUCAGACCACAUGGGAAGGAAGAAGCAAUGAAGACAGAGUGGGAUAAACAACUUCAGAAAAAAAAAGGACCUAGUGCAAGAAAGUAGUGCAGAUUAACUACAGUGUGUAUGCUUGUUUGUUUGUCUGUGUGUGAGUGUGUAUGUAUAGGUGAGUGUUGUGGGCAUCUAUGCACAUAUCUAAAGUGUGUGUACGUAGGGAAUAAUUGUGUGUUCAUUUCUAUAUCCGGGGUAUAUUCAGUAUGAUGUUUUUGAUUGUUUAACAGUCUGAACAAUCUUCAGAAAAAUUGCAGCUGAGGAUUUCUCACUUAGCUCCUCAUAAAUUGAACUGAUGUCACUGCACUACCCAGACUGGUAGUAACCGUUGCGACGAUCGCUACAGAACAGAAGUACUAAUAACUCUGUGACUAGCGGUCCCCAAGUGCUCUGACAGUGAUCCAAGUUUGGAUACGAUCCUUUAUGUUGACAUGUUUCUAACACAGCGCCUUGCAGAAGAAUUCAUACUCCUUGAACUUUUUCAUAUCUUCCUACAUUACACACACAAACUUUAAUGUACUACACGGGUGUUAAUGUGACCACAGCUUUCAUAUUGUUUUACAAAUAAUAAAAUCUUAUUCAGGUGCAGUAAGAAAAUUCUUUGUAGAACUAUCUUCCACCGCAAUAAUAGCUUGAAGUCUAGUGGGGUAUGUUCCUACCAGCUAUGCACAUCUAGAGGGUGAAAUCUUUACUCAGUCUUCUUUGGAAAGUAGCAGAAGCUCAGUCAGAUUGGAUGGAACAUCAGUGACCAUAUACAGUCAUACUCAAUAACUUAGGAUUUGCAAUUUGAUGAGACUUGUUUAAAAGUACCAUUUGAAAGGUAUUGAAAAUACUUUUCACUUAGCCUAAAUAUUUGCACUAUAAUAUUUUUUUUUAUUUGUCUGAUUUUCCAAUAUUAAAUGUCAUAUUUUAGUUAGCAGCUUGCAGAAUAUCCUCAUAAUUAACAGAAAUAAGGGUUUUAAAACAUUGUGUUUUAACACUCAGUGAAUUGGGUUACUUAAAUAAAUUAACUUAAUAACAUUCUACUUUAUUAAAUAUGACUGUAUAUGCAAGACAUGGCACGAGUUCUCUGUUGAAUUUAGGUAUUUUCUGGGCCAUUGUAAAACAAGCUCUGAUCUGGCACUGGCGGUUUUUUGGAGGGUUGUUAUUGUCCUGGAAGGC